AUGCUUGUCCGCGAAAUGCUCUCUAGUCUAGUUUUUAUGCCUGUUCUGCAUGGUGCAUGUUGAAUAAAUGAUUUCGUUUUGUGAUUGCGUCAAA